GAAUGACACAUGGACAGACGAAAGCUCUCUGCGGCUCUUAUUCAUUUAAUAGUGCAACACUGAACAUGCAAAAUGACCAGGGUGUGUGUGAAAAGAGAACUGCUCUCGCGCUCUAGUGCAGUGACAUGUGGGUGUUAGCUGUCACACUGGCUCUUCCUCAGCAUGGCCAUGCAUCGAGCAUGUCUGACCAGGACUUUGUGCUGAAACAAAGGACAGAGAUCCUGCACGCCCUGUGCAGCAGCGGGUCAGCUGAACCUCUGGAAAAGAUUCUGGACAUACUGCUCUCCCAGGGCGAGCUCACAUGGGAGGACUACCAGAAUGUGCAGGUACCUGGGAGACCCCUGUACACCAGCGCCAGGCAGCUGCUCGACCUGGUGUAUAUAAAGGGUGUGGAUGCAUGUGGAUGCUUUCUCUCUGCUCUCCGAGAGGUCAAGCCAGAAGCCCUGGGAGCUUGCCCCUCAUUCACAGGGUGCAGUUCAGCUCUAGAGGAUACAGGAGAAACUCAGGGCUCGUCUGCGCAGAACCUUCUGGCUCAAAGGCCGAGCCUUGUCAACAAGCUCCAGGGCUGCAUCGAUGGCGCUCUCGAAGCUUUGCUUGACUCAGGCUACUUCACUGAAUCAGACUGUAAUGAAGUGCGGCUCCCUCUACACACUCCCACACAGCAGGCCAGGUGUCUUCUCGACCAUGUCAGAUCGAAAGGUGAAUCAGCAGCUACAGCUGUCCUGCAGUACCUCCAGCAAAAAGAAGAAUGUGGUUCCCCAACUUUUCUUGACAACGCGACUCCUCCCAAAGAGUUCUUGAAGUACCAGAAGAAGCUGAGCAGUUCUGUGUCUGCACAGUCCUGUUUUCUCAGUACUUACGGGAGGACCAGCCACAUGUCUCUGGAUGACAUCUACACUGAGGGCCAUCUGGAGUUCGCUCAGGACUGUGCUGAUGCUCACGUUCCUUUGGGCCUGGAGGGCAUUGUGGGUAAAGUGGGGACAAUAAAUGAGGAGGCUGACACGGUGCUGGUGUCCGGUGAGGCGGGCAGCGGGAAGAGCACCCUGCUCCAGAGGCUGCACUUGCUUUGGGCCCGUGGCGUGGCCCUUCAGGACUUUCUCCUUCUUUUUCCGUUCAGCUGCCGCAGAUUAAACUCUGAGGAGAAGGAGCUGUCUGUGCAGGAGUUGCUGUUUCAGCACUGCUGCUGGCCCGACAGGCAGCAGGACGAGAUCUUCCAGUUCAUACUGGACCAUCCCCACCUCAUCCUCUUCACAUUCGACGGUCUGGAUGAACUCAAACAGAGCUUUUCAGACGAGCACAGGCUCUGCUGCCCCACUCAGCGUGCCCCGGUUCAUAUACUCGUCUUCAACUUGAUCCAGGGUUCCCUGAUGAAGGGCGUCCGCAAAGUUGUCACAAGUCGCCCGGAGGCAGUUGGUCCAGUGUUGAAGAAGCACCUCAGCAAAGAGGUACUUCUAAAAGGAUUUUCCUUGGAUGGAAUUGACUGUUUUGUAAGAAAGAAUCACAGUGACCCCGCUUUAGCUGCUAAAGUUUUAGCGUCCCUGCAGGCAAACACAGCUUUACUUGGACUGUGUCAUAGUCCAGUUCUCUGCUGGAUUGUCUCUCAAUGCCACAAGGAGCUUCUGGGCUGUGGGGAAGGCAGUCCACAGACAAUCACAGACGUUUACCUCAUGAUUUUGCAGCACUUUUUCCAGCACCAAAGCCCAUUGAGGAACGGCAAACAGGCAGGGUGGCUUGAGGAGCACCUUGAAACAGUGGUGCACCUGGGGCAGCUUGCCUUUACGGGGAUAUUGGCCACUAGCUAUAUCUUCUCUGUUACAGACCUAGAGGCAUGUGGGGUGACUGAAUUCGAUAUCUCUGUAGGCUUUCUCCUACAAGCCAAAGAUAUGUCCUUUACCAACAGGAAGCAGUAUGAAUUCCCUCAUAUGACAAUCCAGUGCUUCUUUGCUGCUCUCUAUGUUGUUCUGUCCAACAACUCUGAUCGCUCAGCAAUCCCCAAGCUUUUCGAGCCUCAGGACAGGGAAGUAAACAAUGAAGGACCUGGCGUGUGUUUUGGAGUGUGCGUGCCUCCCAGAAACCAACAAAAUGUUGAGGAUGCCUCAAGAGCUAAAACACCAAACCUGCAAAUCACUGCCACCUUUGUGUCUGGACUUCUGUCGAAGAGACACCAGAACUUAUGGCUUCAUUCCUGCUCCAGUGCUGUGAUCUGCAAAAAGGGCCAACAGGUGGCACGAUGUCUUUCCAAAGGCAUGCAGAAACACUUCAGGUCCAUUCCUCAGCCUGUGCAGGGAGAGAAGAAGAGCAUGCAUGCCAUGCCAGACUUUGUGUGGCUGAUCAAAUGUAUCUAUGAAAUGCAGGAGGACAGGAUUGCGAAGGAUGCUAUGAGUAAGCUGGAGGUGGAUCACCUGAAACUGACAUACUGUAAUAUUGGACCGGUGGAGUGCACCGCACUUGCCUAUGUCCUCCAGUAUUUGAGAAACCCUGUCGGCCUUCAGCUGGACAACAACUCUGUCGGCGACGUUGGAGCGGAGCAGCUCCUGCCCUGCAUGCACAUCUGCAGAUCCCUAUACCUCAGAAAUAAUAACAUCACAGAUGAAGGCAUCCGGAAGCUCAUCGCUAAGGGGAUCGACUGUGAAAACUUCCAGAAAAUUGCGCUCUUUAACAACAAGCUGACCGAUGUUUGCACGCAGCACUUUUGUCACCUUCUGAAGACCAGGCAGGACUUCCUGUCUCUCAGGCUUGGAAACAAUAAUAUCACAGCAGAAGGAGCACAGUGGCUUGCAGAGGGACUGAAGUCCAAUCAUUCACUGCAGUUUCUCGGGCUUUGGGGCAAUAAAAUAGGCGACGCAGGAGCAAAGGCUCUUGCCAGUGCCUUGGAAAACAGCAAAACUCUGGUUUGGUUCAGCCUUGUUAGCAAUGGCAUCGGGAGUUCAGGAGCGCAGGCCCUUGCCAACAUCAUCAGGAAGAGUCCAUCUCUAGAGGAGCUUUGGUUGACAGAGAACUGCAUAACCAAAGCAGGAGUGGAGUGUUUGAUUCAAGCCCUCAAACGCAACACUCAGAUGAAGUCCAUAUGGCUGAGAAACAAUGACCUCACUUUGGAAGAACAAGAAGAAAUGACAAAACGUGAAUCAAGAUUGGUCUUCUGACUCUAGGUUUAGUUGGCCAGAGACUUUGCAAUGAUAUUUAUUAAUGUAAAUAUUGCCCGUCAAAAUGUGAGAUGUAAAUUAUGUGCAGUUAAAUGUAUUUUUAAUUUUUACUUUUUUUUGGAGCCCAACUUUCUUUCACUUUUGCAUUGUACUCUAAUUGUGUUCAAGGAGAUGGAAGUAUAUCAUACCAUAAAUAUAUAAAUAUAGCAUUAACAUACAACUAUGCCAGCAGACACUACUAGUGAUAGUCAAUAAUGAUGCUACAACCUGGACGACACAAAGAGUUGUGAAGUGUUGGAACCAAAAUAAAUAAAUAAAAAAUCGGUAAGUCAGCAGGUUCAGUGCUUAAG